AUGCCGGAUGAUGGUUUGUUUGUCGAAGGAAGGUUAUCAUAUGAGGGAUUGAUUAGUAAGAUUUGUAUGACCCUUGGUUGGGAUCCAGCACACGUGAAACUCCACCUUUUUUUGAUUUUCGAUAGUCCCGGUGGUAGGCGUGUAGUGAAGAUCAAGAAUGAUUCGCAUGUAGAGUUCAUGAACCGUGUAGAUCCAAUGUCAUGUUUGGAUUUAUACAUAGAUUUGGAAGAUAUCACUCAAGAAGAAAGAGAAGCGAGUUUGGAAAACGUGUCAUUUGGUGAUUUUCGAAGGGGGGAACGUGCUAGUACUUCUCGAAACCGUGAUGAAAAGGAGACACCUUUAUUUGCACAAAAUGACUACGGGGAAGAGUCGGAUUCCGACUACAUAGCUCCAAGUGAAAGCGAAGAAGACUGUGAUGUCUCCGGAGAGAGUGAUUUUGAAGAAAGUGAUGAUGAAAGGUUGGAAAAUGAGGAAAGGGAUUGUAAUCUAUUCGCUCGACGCCAUGUAUAUAGUAAGAUGGGGAACUGGGAUGCCUCAUGUGUAGACAAGGAUGAGUUUGCUCUUAAAAUGUGGGAUGAGACGCCCGAAGGAAUGGACAUUGGUGUUUGUUUCAAAUCUCAAUCGAAGCAAAGCAUCUUUGUGAAAUUAUGGAACAUCCAUCAUAAAAGGGAAUAUACGGUCGCGCGAGUAGUCCAAGGACGUGGGGCAUGCGGUGCGGAACAUUUAAUGUGGAAAGUGAGGAUGGUGAACCACCAUGUGAGUGGAAGAUGCGUGUGUCAUUGA